UCAGUAUCAAAUGUUCAUCAAUCUGGUGCAGUACUAUCAGAUGGACAGACGCUGGUCCAUCAAACGCCUUCUGCUUCAGACCUUCACAGCUGCCUGUCAUCUUGAUCACAUUAUCGUCGACAUUCUGCUAACUUCACUGCUGCCACUCGAGAUUGUCAAAGACAUGAAGGCACACUUUGCCGAUCUGGAUCUGUUUAAGCAGCUGGUCAAGAUGCUAACCAUAAUAUUCUUGUUGGGCCAGCUAAUGCCUGUGAAUCAUCAAGGUGAGCAAAUUGCAUUUUAA